GACGUAUGAUAAGAUAAGACGACCUCAAUGUUAACAUAUCUAAAAUUUCCUAAUACUUCAAAUUACACCGACCAAAAUUAUCUGUUCACACUAGCAUCAUUUCAACCCGGAAAAGGGUUUGGCGUGAAGAGGUGAGGAUUGGGAAAGAGAGAUGGGGAGAUUAUUUCUGGUGGAUCUAGAAGGCAGAACAUACAACUGCAAAUUCUGUAAAGCGCAAUUAGCCCUUGCAGACGAUCUUGUUUCCAGGGCAUUCCAUUGUCGCAGAGGGAAGGCAUACCUAUUCAAUAAUGUUGUAAAUAUCACCGUGGGACCUCCUGAGGACAGACCGAUGCUAUCAGGAAUGCAUACAGUUGCAGACAUAUUUUGCUGUUGUUGCGGGCAAAUAGUUGGUUGGAAAUAUGAGUCUGCACAUGAUAGUAGCCAAAAGUACAAAGAAGGAAAAUUCGUUCUUGAAAGAGGGAGGAUUAUUGACAGAAUGGACUCUGAAUUCUACAUUGAUACUCGCCCGUCAACAAGUGAUGCUGAAGAGUGAAGAUUAAUAAUUAAGUUCCUGUGUUUGUAUAAGUGAAAAACUUUCUAGGUUGUAUACGGUGCGCUUCCCUUUGUAGAUAUUAAACAAAAAAAUCGGUCAUCUAAUCAACUGCUUUGCUGUCUGUACUUGAAAUGCUGUAGUAAUAAAACUUCACGUUCAAGUCUGGCUUAUGCUAUGAGGAACCAUACACAGUUACACACAUCAACCUACUUUUACUCAUGAAUAUUUUAAUUUUUUAAUACUUAUUUAUA